GGUGGGUGAGAGUGUGUUGAAGCCUUUAAAUUGUGGACAACUUCCAAUGGAUGUGAGUGACAAAGAGAGACUGAGAAACACAAUUAGGGAAAAAAAAGUCCUGAGGUAGGAAGGAGAGAAGAAGAGGAAGAAAAAGUAGAAGAAGAAGAAAUGAAGGACUUGGCGCAGUCAGUAAAACCCGGGGUGUUUCAGCAGAGGGGAGGUAAAGUAACUCGAUCCAAAGUUUGGCUAAAGAAUGAACUCAUUCGUGUGGGACUUGCUGAAUCACUUAGCACAUAUGUCAUGAUGUCAUUGGGUUUGGGGUCUGUGGCCCAGGUAGUGACUGGUCAGGGAGCUUUUGGACAGUACCUCAGCAUCAACCUGGGUUUUGGACUGGCUGUUGCCAUGGGGUCUCAUGUUGGAGGGAAGAUCUCGGGGGCUCAUAUGAAUGGAGCUGUAUCAUUCACAAUGUGUGUGUUUCGCCGCCUCCCGUGGAAGAUGCUACCUCUUUAUAUUUCGGCACAGCUAUUGGGAUCAUUUCUUGCAGCAGGGACAAUUUAUGCUGUCUACUAUGAAGCCAUUCAUGACUACUGUAGAGGAAACCUGACUGUGACUGGUGAGAAGGCCACUGCUGGUAUCUUUGCCACCUAUCCUGCUCCAUACCUCUCUCUGAUAGCUGGAUUUUUUGACCAGGUAUUUGGCACAGCGAUGCUACUACUGUGCCUUAUGGCUCUAUCCGACCAGAAGAACAAACCAGCGCCAGCAGGAAGUGAGCCUGCAUUUGCGGGUUUCCUGGUGCUUCUCAUUGGCAUUUCUUUGGGUAGCAACAGUGGCUAUGCCAUCAACCCCACCAGAGACAUCGCACCCAGGGUUUUCACUGCCAUGGCAGGCUGGGGAUCUGAUGUGUUCAGGGCUGGAAAUGGAUGGUGGUGGGUGCCUCUAGUUGCCCCCCCUAUUGGAGGAGUCCUUGGAGCAGGGCUAUACAAGGCUGUUGUGGAACUGCAUCACCCACACCUCUCUGAAGCGGGUGGAGAGAUGGUUGAAGAAGCUGUCCCUCUGGAUAAAGAGAUAAAUACCAUUGAAAAUAUGUGUGUGUGACACCCUAGCUAAGUUGACAGCUAAGUGAAUAGCUCUAUGAAGAUGCAACAUUCAAUGAAGGUAAAGGGUUAAAAAGCCCAAAACUAACUUGUUAGAUGGGAGACAGAAGAUGAUUAGCAAACAGGGAGUGAAAUAAAGAUUUGUUUAAAUCAAAAAUGCUCACCGUGUUUUACACAAUUUCAACAUCAACUUAAGCUGGGUGUGUUGAGUUAAUUUUCCCAAGUGGCAACAUGGGAAACUGAGACUGUUGUGGAGGGCUGGACCAAUAAGAUGAACUCAGUUCUGCUCAAUAUUAAUUAUUCCUUUGUAAUCUGCUACUGGUAAGAGUAGAUGUUACAAUUAGACCCUAAUUGUGGUCUCUUGGGAAAAUUAAUUGCCCAUCCCUGAAUUAUUCUUCUAGAGUUAGUGUAAAUGAUAGACUACAAUACAUAUAAGAUAUACACUAUUAGACAUUUUGACUCACUGUGCUCGUUACUAUACGCUACAAUAAAAAGGUUUGAGACAAACAUACGGUCACUUUAAAGAUGAAAAAUUGACAAAACCACACUUGCUCACUCAUGUUGUUUUUAUUACUGCAAUAGCAGCUUAUGUAACCUUAGAAGACAUAAAUAUCAUUCACUUUAACACUCAACAGGGGACUACUUCCACAACUGUGGAAAAACUUAAGGGUGUGCAAAGAGAAGCAAACAGCCUCCAUACACUGGGAUCAUAUAUUUUUUUGAAAAUCUAACACACAGUAGGAGAUGACUCCUCACCGCUUGAAAGGACAGCGACAAAACCAAAUACAGACAUUUUUCUUUCUAGCAUUCUUGUGCACAGCAGCCUAUAGACAAAAAGUACAUACUAAAAAGUACUUGAACCAAAACUGUAGAUGUGAGAUUGGGUCUACUGAGCUUUAUACUUGUGUUACAAGAGCCAUUAUCUAAAGCGCUUACCCAAUUUAGAAUCGGUAGGUGGGGUCUGUGGCAGGGGUAUUGGCUGAAUUAAACUUCUCUGGUGAUUCUUUGUAGGGUCGACAGGGUUUACCUACGUAUGUGGCUGAUGUUGUUGCGGGUAUUCAGGCUUGUGCGUGGUGCGUGUGAUCAUGUCCCGAUCUAUUAGAUGCAGUGCCAGCCACAAAAACGUAGCCAGACAUGCAUAAGAGGAAUCAGUGGUACUAAACGGACCAUCUGGUGCGAUGUAUAGUUGCUUAUGAAGGGAGGCGCACGUCAGGUUAGGGCAAGCACUACGUUGUUGGCUUUCAUAGAGGUUUGUUGUUUUGACAUACCUGUGGCGAAGACUUAACAAAGUAGAAAUCAUGUGAAACAAACACAAGAUAACCAUUCACAACCUACAGCCAGUUUAGAGUCACCAGAUAAUCUGAUGUGAAUGUCUGUGGAAGAAGCCAGAAUAUCUGGUGAGAACUCGCACAGGCACAGGAGAACAUGCAAACUCUGUGGAUUUGAACGCAGAGACCUUCCUCGCAGUGAGGCUCACUGUGGCCCUGAACUGCUAAAAUAUACCUUUGAUAUUAAUUCACUCAUGAUAAAUAAUCUGUGUUAGAAACAGUGUUCAUUUAUAAAGUUUACAUUACAGAGCAGCAUUCAUGAGGCACUGCAGUAGUACAAUGGCCAGUUAGUAGUCCUUUUACAAUGUAACAGGUCACGUUUUAGGUUUGUCUUCACACUUAUGUGGUUUAAUGUUUCAUAAUGAAGCUCUAAAAGCAUCUGUUGAGUCCUAUACAUUAGUUUUCAACCUGUCAAUUACCUGUUCGUAUUAUCAAUACAUAUAGGGUGUGAGCUACACAGCAUUACAUUAAGUCUUCUUGUUUCCUUAAGUUUACAGUUAUUAAUAUAAAGAGAUGUGUUAUCUAGCCAUUUCCGCACUUUACAGUAUUACAUGCUGCAUGUAGAAUUUACAUAAUGCAUUCAGAAAUCAAGCCCACUGAAAACAGCAGCACUUAUAAACUCUGGUUCUGGUUCCAGCAGUGGUACAGUUAUAUUGUACAUCUGUCUGCUUUGAUUUUAUGAUUUUUUUUAACCAUAAGCUGUCAGUAGUGAACAUUACAUUAAAGGAGUUUAUAAGUACUGAAUAUACACUGAUACAACUCUCUGUUAAAUCAAAGACUAAUUACUCUGGCAACACUUGGCAUCAAAAGGUGGAUAAAAUUCAGGAUUGUGUCUUUCUACAUGUGAGGGGGAUUCAUUUUUAACCAUCUAAGCCAAGUGUGAUGGAAAUUGCCAUCGUGUCCUCAAACAUAUAAAGUUUAGAAACAUUUUUUGCCUUCAACACUUUUAGUACUAUAACUGUAUCACCUUUCCAAUGUGUCUAGCCAGCAACAACCCUGGCUACAUAUCAACUCAGCCUUGGCAAACGUGUCAAACAGCACCAAGUCAAACUGAGUCUAGCUCCUGAGGGAACUGGAGACAUUUGGUCAUGCUGACAGUUAAGGUGUCUUUAGUAGAAAUGUCUUCAUCGUACGGGUACCUUCUCACCGCUUUGCUCCACUUUGUCUUCCUGCAUUGCUUUGGCCCUUGGCUGCGCCACCUGAGUUGCACUGUGUCAACUGCUUCUUCUUGGGGGCUGGGACCUUGGCUUUGCCUUUGAAAGCCUUGGAAGGAUCCAGCUUGUUCAGAUAUAAAUCCCCAGCAGGAUCCGCCAAACUGAGCUCACAGUUGAAAGUCAGAGGCUGGUAGAGGGAUGCCCACUGCUGCAGCAGCAACCAAGAUAUACAUAAUUUAACACAAUCUACGUAACACAUGGGAAAAAAACAAAAAAACAAACCCACACCAAAUAUGUUUUGAAAAUACUACUUAAUUUACUAACUGAGCCAGCAAUGCUAUAUCUGAUUCUGUGGAAUGUAUGGCACCUUACGCACAUAAUUAUGCUCUCUGGAAGCAACUUAAAACUCAGUGCUGUGCUAACUUACUAAAAUGUUACAUUUGCCAGUAUUGUAGUAGACUGUGAAAGAAUCAUCCUGAAUAAAAUGUAUUCAUACAACUGCAA